UGUUGUGAUAUUAGAAUACUAAUUUAACAGCUGAACUUUGAAUCGUUAAUAGAUCGAUGCUAAAGAUAAUAGAUGGUAGUAAGAUUCAGAGGUUAUUAAUAUAUUCACAUAGUAUAUAUAGUGUAAUAAGUGUACCAACUUUCAAAGAUUUCUCAAACAAAAUCUACCUUCAAGUUGUACUAUACAAAGCAGGGAACAAGAUGUCCACAAAGAAACUACUACCUGCCCUGGGGAGCCUAAUAUUUUUGACUGAGACGAUAUUGUGUGCAUCUGUAAGAACUACGAUCAGACCUAUAUUUAUUCGCCGAGAUACAUGUUCUUCCGUUAAUGUGCAGCAAUGCUUCCAGGCUUUUUCCAACGGAUUGAACAAUGGGGCGAACUGUGAUCUUAUGAGAGAUUUGGUCCAAUGUGCAUCCCAAUACCCAGAAUGCACAUCUGACUAUAUCACAAAAGGACGUGCAAUCGUGUUCAUGGCCGGACGAUUGAGGAAAGCAGGUGCAUGUAGCAGCCAGGAUAUCGGACUGACUGGACUUUCACCACUUGUAGUUGGAUCUAACGUUGGUAAUGCUAUUGGACUAAGCGGAUCAGCAGCGGAAAGCAGCUGUGUGGCAAGUGUAGAUACAGAAUGCAUGAAUAUAUUCCAUCAGUCAUUGAGCUCCUUGGGCUUAUGUAGCGCACUAGACAGCUUGAUAAGCUGUAUCCAGGGCAAGCAAAGCGUAUGUUCCUCACCAUUGAUCGGAGAGAUGUCAAAUGCAAUGGCCCAUCAAUCCAUAUCAGCUUAUCUUCAGUCUUCUGGAAUAUGUUGAAUAUUGACGACUGGAUUGGUACAGUUUUACCAAGAAGAAAAUAGGAAAACCCAAAAUAGUUUGCCUUACAUUGGACUUUACAAUAAAUUUAGCAUCACUGACUAUCUACUGAGAAAUGAACGAAACGUCUAAUUUCUAUUCUUUUCAUGGUUUCAAAAUUUAGACCAUAAUAAAAUUAUUGCAACUUAAAA